AUGCAGGUCGACGUCUUCGAAAUGGAAACUACAGUCUAUGACAGAAAAUUGUCUUACAAAACGAAACUCAAUUCGGUCAAACUAAAAUCUGUUACGCUUAAAUCGAAAUCUAAAAAUCCUUCCUCCCGGGCAAUCAUUGGCUUGCUUUGCGGAAUGAAUGUAAGACUGCAUAAUGACGGCGGCUAUGACCGCACAUAUGCAGUUCGUGGAAUUCUGAGAGUAAUGAAAAUUUUGGGUUUAUGGAAAUGGCAAACGGAAGCGGAUAAAGAAACCCCCCGACACAUUCUCUGGCUGCAAUACGUUCAACGUUUGGUAUGCCACGGACCGUUUACAUUCGUUUUCAUAACGCUAAUGUGGAUUGAAGCAUUGCGAGCCAAUGGUUUGGAUGAAAUGGGCGAUGUGCUGUACAUGUCAUUAACCGAGGCAGCGUUAAUUGUGAAAAUCCUUAAUAUUUGGCAGCAUUCCACCAAAGCCUCAACAUUUCUGCAUGCAUUAAGGCAUAACGCUCACUUUGCUCUACACUCCGGCGAUGAAGUGACAUUUUGGCGAAAUGCUCAGAAAAAAUUCCGUUAUAUUAUUUAUAUGUAUUCGGCGGGUAGUGUGUUCACCGUCAUCUCAGCAUUUGCGGGAGUUUUGUUUGUGACGGAACCACAAAUGGCAUUCGCAUAUUGGGUGCCAUUCGAAUGGCAAAGCAAUCGUCGGAAUUAUUGGUUGGCAUAUCUCUAUGAUUUCGUUUCAAUGGUUUGUACGGCUGGCUCCAAUGUCUGCCUCGACAUGAUGGGUUGUUACAUGAUGUUUCAUGUCUCACUGCUGUAUAAGGUGUUAAGUUUUCGUUUGCAGAAGCUGCGGGCCGUCAAAGGGGAAGAUGUCAAUGAGAAAUUCAAAAAGCUUAUAUUGAUGCAUAAGAGUAUAAGGCGCAUGACCCGGGAGUGUGAAAUCCUAAGUUCCAAAUAUGUCCUCUCACAAAUUAUCUUGAGUGCAUUAAUAUUAUGCUUCUGUUGCUAUCGUAUUAUAAAGCUGGAUAUUGUCGCUAAUUUCGGACAAUUUCUAUCGAUGCUACAGUUUUUGGCCGUCAUGAUUUUUGAAAUAUUUCUGCCCUGUUAUUUUGGCAAUGAAAUCACCUUAAAUUCAAGUGAAAUAAUGUUGGAUGUCUAUCGCACCGAUUGGUUGGAAUAUUCGGUGGCAAAUCGCAAAUUAAUUAUUUUAUUUCGCGAAUUUCUAAAGCGACCAGAUAAGGUGACAAUUGGAGGUUAUUUUGAGGUUGGAUUGCCGAUAUUUACAAAGGUGGUGAACAAUGCCUACAGCUUUUUUGCACUUUUAAUGAAUGUGGAGAAGUAAAAUAAAAAAAGACAGAAAGGCAUGAAAUAAAGUUUGGAAUAGUGGUUUUGUUUUAAUUUUUU